AUGCUUCAAACCAUUGUUAAGGAUUCACAAGCUUUUGAUGAAGUCAUGAAAAAUAUUCAGAUGUGUUCUAAGUUGGAGGAACUCUUAUUGAAAAAGAAAUACUUUAUCUAUGGUGAUUCUCCACAGCUUCAUGCUGAAAAGGUUGAUAAAUUGAAAAUCUUAUCAGAAUCUCUUGCAAAUUCUACCACAAAAGCCGAGAGUCGCAUUUUGGAGCACAGAUCUCAGAAAGAAGAAGCACUUCAUUUUCGGGUAACCAAGUCCAGUGAGGUUAGCCAAAUAGAGAAGGAAUUGGGGGGUGAGAUUGAAGAACUCGAGAAGCAGAAAAAUGAGCUCGAAGACAAACUGAAAAAGGUGAACAUGUUGUUGACAUCUGCACGUACACGCCUCCGCAAUGCAAAAGAAGAAAAAGAACAGUUCGAUGAUGCAAGCAAUGACAUUAUUGUACAUUUAAAAACAAAGGAUGACGAGAUGCAACGAGCCAUUGCUUCUUAUACAAGCGAAGCCAAUGUUGUUAAUAGAUGGAUCAAUUUUCUUGAGCACACAUGGGUAUUUCAAACCUCUCUUAAGAAGAAAAACGAAGAGCAGGUCAAUGCUGAACUGGAGAGAUAUGGAGAUUAUUUUGUGAAUUUGGUUGUUAAUCUUCUGUCUUCUUAUAAGGAAAAGCUAGGCUCAUCUGUUACUCAAAUAAAAACACUUGUGGAGAAUUUAAGCACAAGCCAACGGUAUGGCGUUCUGCCUCUCUGAAUUGUCUUUUGUGUCAAACCCAUGCCUUCAACUGUUGAAUUAUAUCAGGUUAGAAAUACCAGUUGAAGUGGAUAACGAUGGUUCGAGAGUAGUGAAUCCAAGGAAAAAGCUUGAAGAUGAAUAUUUGGAAAUAGAAUCCAAGUUUCUAAUCACUUUGAAUAUAGUGGCCACCAUGAACAAGCAGUUUCACAUUCAAAAGGAAGGCAUUUUCAGAAAAGAUAAUGACAAGGUGACAGAACUAUUACAUGCCAUUGAGAAAAUGAAAGAAGAAUUUCAUUCUAUUGAGAGACCAAAGUUCCAAAUUGAGGCACCAAUUGAAAAGUCAGAAACACCCUUACAAUCAACAACUUCAUCACCUACAUCCAUGUUGCCUAAUAAAAACAAGCAAGAUAGAAUAAAAACAUCUCCAUCAGUUACUAUGAAAACGAUAUCAAUAGAAGAACUCGACAAAUCAAGCGAGGACGACUCAGCAGAAGAGAUAAGUGAAUGGGAAUGUGAUGCACUUGAUAAAGAUCAACACACCAUGAGUUGACUCUUGUUGACCCACUUGGAAAAAGACCAGCAUUGCUCAUGUUGUAAAAAGAGUGAAAAAAGGUUCUGUGUAUUUGGAAGGAUUGUGACAAUGUGUUAAUGUGCAACUCAGAUACCAGACAACAUAUCCUUAACUAUGUUGUCUCUCAAGUUCACUUAACGAAUGUACAUGAAACAACUUUGGUCCACUGAAAGUAGUUGUAUUUGUAUCAUUAUUACGACAUUCGAUCAUUGAUGAUGAAAUGCACAUG